UUCCUCCUCCUCCUCUCUCUCUCUCUCUCUCUCUCGCUCUCUCAAGUUUUCAAAGAACACAACUCUGUCAAUUAGGUUUUUUAGUAAAAAGGAGACAUUUUUUGUUCAAAGCUUUGAACUUUUUGUUUAAAGAACAAGUUUUGUUGAAGAUUUUGAUUGCAAGGGGUUAAUUUUAAUCCAUUUUUCGGCCGUUUCGAUUCGAAAAAGUGGUAUUUCAGGCAGAGGAUCAAGUUGGUCUUGGUCGGUUUUUUUGUUUUCGCUGCGAAAUCUGGGAAAAGGGCGUUUGAGUCGACAUGGCCAAUGCAUUUGCAUCACAGACUGGUUUCUGCAUUUCUUCUGGGUUGGAUGAAAUUGCAGCUGGCUCCAAAUCCCCCAAAGGGGAUUUUAGGGUUUCUCCUACCUCCCAAUUUAAGGAUGCAAAUUCAAGAGCUUUUCCUGCAUUGAGUGUUGAUUUCUUGGGAAAACCCUUGAUUCUCUCAGAUCAGGGUUUCGAGAAUUGGAGGGUCAGAAAACCAAGCAAUUUCUCUGUGCAUGCACAAGCAUCUCUGUGUGUAAGCAGAGCAAUGAGAUGGUGGGAGAAGACCCUUCACCCCAACAUGGUGGAGAUCCAUUCUGCUCAAGAACUUGUUGAUUCUUUGAAGAAUGCUGGAGACAGAUUGGUUGUGGUUGACUUUUACUCACCUGGUUGUGGAGGCUGCAGAGCUCUCCAUCCCAAGAUCUGUCAGCUGGCUGAAUCGAACCCGAAUGCGAUUUUCCUCAAAGUUAACUAUGAAGAGCACAAGACUAUGUGUCAUGCUCUCAACAUUCAUGUGCUGCCGUUCUUUAGAUUCUUUAGAGGUGCAGAUGGUCGUGUGUGUAGCUUUAGCUGCACCAAUGCAACUAUUAAGAAAUUCAAAGAUGCAUUGGCAAAACACGGGUCUGAUCGUUGUAAUCUUGGGCCGGCGAAAGGGUUAGAUGAAUCUGAGAUAAUAAAGUUAGCUUCAAUAGGUGAAAUAUUAACAACAACAUCAUCGCCAUCCACGAAGGAAGAAAGAUUGGAGGAUCUGGUCACGAAAAGCGUAGAUUUUUCGGGUGUGUGGAGCAAUGAAGGCCAUAUCAUAGAACUUGAGGAAGAAGGUUCCAUGGUGAAGGUUUAAAAGCAGCUUCUCUAGGACAGUUUCCUACAUGGUGUUGUUGUACAUGUCUUUUUAACUUUGGGUUUUCCCAUAAGCAGGGGGCUCUGGCUUUUUUACAUCGAGCCCUGCCUAGUUUGGUUAAUCUGGUAUUUAGAUUUGGAUAUUGUGAUCUGAUUAAUUAUAUUUUAUCUAUUCAAACCCAGCAUUCACCAGGGUAUGCUUUUCUUGGAA